GGCGGGAAUGCACCGUAACGUUAGAUGCCAACUGCCGAUAACCCCCACCGAAAAGAAGAAACUUCCGGUGCCUCAGUUCCUGUUUCGGCGCAAGUGCACAAGAAAUGGAAAGCUACGUAGCCAGAUAACUUUUGUGAUGUUUUUAUUUUUAUUGAGUUAACCCACUUGACUUCGAAGAUAUGAGAUCCAAAAUAAAAUAACAGAGCACGACUUUUAUUCACAUUACAGCGGGGCUCGAUCAGGUAGAAGCGGCCACCACCGAAAUGGCCAACCUGAACUGGAAACCGUUCAUCUACGGAGGGAUGGCUUCGAUUGUCGCAGAAUUCGGUACGUUCCCCAUAGACCUGACUAAGACGCGGCUGCAGGUGCAGGGCCAGUCCCAGUACAUGGAGGUGCGCUACCGGGGCAUGUUCCACGCCCUGUUUAAGAUCGGCAAGGAGGAGGGCAUCAAGGCACUGUACUCUGGGAUCUCCCCAGCUCUCCUGAGGCAAGCCUCCUACGGGACCAUCAAGAUCGGGACCUACAACACACUCAAGAGGUUAUUUGUGACCCAUCCGGAAGAUGAGACUAUGGUGAUCAAUGUGUUCUGUGGAGUGGUGUCUGGAGUCCUGUCCUCCUCUCUGGCCAACCCCACUGAUGUUGUCAAGAUCCGCAUGCAGGCCCAGGGCAGUCUUUUACAAGGCAGCAUGAUGUCCAACUUCAUAAACAUCUACCAGACAGAGGGAACCCGUGGCCUGUGGAGGGGCGUCAUCCCUACAGCUCAGCGGGCAGCCAUCGUAGUGGGAGUGGAGCUUCCUGUCUAUGACAUCACUAAGAAGCACCUCAUCAAGUCUGGCACUAUGGGAGACACCAUACUCACACACUUCAUUUCCAGUUUUACGUGUGGCCUGGCGGGGGCUCUAGCCUCCAACCCAGUGGAUGUGGUGCGGACGCGUAUGAUGAACCAGCGAGUGCUGUCUGGGAACCCCAUGUAUAAAGGCACGCUGGACGGAUUGAUGCAGACCUGGAAGAACGAAGGAUUCUUUGCCCUCUACAAGGGCUUCUGGCCCAACUGGCUGCGUCUGGGGCCAUGGAAUAUCAUUUUCUUCAUCACGUUUGAGCAGCUGAAGAAACUCCCCUUAUAGUUGAACAGGGAGUGGACACUCCGUCGGACCAGAGUGUAUCAGAGCGCGGGAAACACCCCAGCCCUUUGUCUUCAUUUCAUUCACAAUCCCUCCCUCGUCACACAAUCUGUAUGUGCAUGCUCAUCUAAGUUAAAUAUAAUAAUAUUUAUAAUUUUUUUAUACAACUUUUAAUGUUAUUUUUAUUUAUUUAAUUUUUUUAACACUUCCUCAUACUCAUCAACCAUCCUUGAUGCCACUCCUGGCAGCUAAAGCUUAGGAUUGUAGCUGAGGACGGAAGCCUGUUUGGACCAUAAGGUAGGUACGCUGACUGCCAGCUUGUUACCAUUUUAAAGUGAGCUUGUGGGAAAAGGAGGAGGACUAUAUCCUAGGCGGAACGGUAACUGGAGAUCUACUUGAGCUUUUUUAGGGAUGUGGAAUAGGCCUCUGAUUGUGUCUGACUAGUUUUUUAAACACAUCUCUAUACUGCAUGGGAUGUGCAAGAAAAGACCAUGGCUGUUAAAUGUAUAGGAUUGGGGUUUUGCCUGUCUGAUCUGACAUUUAAAUAAUGUCUUCAAUGUUUUGGGCAGGGCUAGCUAGAAGAGGAUGCGAUGCAUGGCAUGUUAACCGGGUUGUUAUUGUCAGACUAUUUAUUCUCAAUGACUUACCUGGGUAAGUAAAGGUCACAGUAGGUGCUGUUUAGUCUGUUAGAGGAACUCAGGACAACGGUGACCCACAUGAAAAAAUACUAUACUAUGGUUAAAAUACAUUGUAGUGUUUUUGCUGCCUUUACUGUAGUUUUGCUGACAUUACUGUAAUAUUUAGUGCAGUGUUUUUGUGGUCUAUAGUAUACUGUAGUAUUUACUAUAGUAUUUUACAUUAUACUAAAAUAUUCUAUAUUAAGUAUUACAAAUGAUUAAGGUACACUGCAGUGUAGUAUCGUAUACUAUAGUGUACUACAGAAUUCUAUAGUAAGUACUGCAGUAUUCCAUAGUAAACUAGUAUUUUUUUUAUGUGGGGAGACUAUAUGUAUGUUUAGUAAGAUGCGAUGGGAAUUUAGUCCAAUGUUGAAACAAAGCCACUAUUGGGUAAUGGGAGAGUGACUUUGCUUUCUGUACAUUUCACCACAACCCUUUUGUGUGAAGUAGAGGUGUCUGCUGUUGUCUGGAACACUAAACAUGCACAGGAAUGGAAACACUUUCUGGGACCUGCUUGGUUGUCAUGGUGAUUCCCAUGAAAGUAUACUGAACAAAAAUAUUAACACAACAUGCAACAAUUUCAAGGAUUUUGCUGAAGUACAGUUCAUAUACAGUUGAAGUUGGAAGUAAAUACACUCAGGUUGGAUACACUCCACAAAUUUCUUGUUAACAAACUAUAGUUUUGGCAAGUCGGUUAGGACAUCUACUUUGUGCAUGACACAAGUCAUAUUUCCAACAAUUGUUUAGACAGAUUAUUUCACUUUAUAAUUCACUAUCACAAUUCCAGUGGGUCAGAAGUUUACAUACACUAAGUUGAGUGUGCCUUUAAACAACUUGGAAAAUUCCAGAAAAUGAUGUCGUGGCUUUAGAAGCUUCUGAUAGGCUAAUUGACAUAAUUUGAGUCAAUUGGAGGUGUACCUGUGGAUGUCUUUCAAGGCCUACCUUCAAACGCUGCCUCUUUGCUUGACAUCAUAGGAAAAUCAAAAGAAAUCAGCCAAAACCUCAGAAAAAUAAUUGUAGACCUCCAAGUUUGGUUCAUCCUUGCAAGCAAUUUCUAAAGUUAAAGCUUGGUCGCAAAUGGGUCUUCCACACAGACAAAAGACCCCAAGCAUACUUCCAAAGUUGUGGCAAAAUGACUUGAGGACAACAAAGUCAAGGUAUUGGAGUGGCCAUGACAAAGCCCUGACCUCAAUCCUUUAGAAAAUUUGUGGGCAGAAGUGAGAAAGCGUGUGUGAGUUAGGAGGCCUACAAACCUUACUCAGUUACACCAGCUCUGUCAGGAGGAAUGGCCAAAAUUCACCCAACAAAUUGUGGGGAGUUAAACAAUUUAAAGGUGAUGCUACCAAAUACUAAUUGAGUGCAUGUAAACUUCUGACCCAAUGGGAAUGUGAUGAAAGAAAUAAAAGCUGAAAUAAAUCAUUCUCUCUACUAUUAUUCUGACAUUUGACAUUCUUCUAAAUAAAGUGGUGAUCCUAACUGACCUAAAACGGAAUAAUUACUAGGAUUAAAUGUCAGGAAUUGUAAAAACUGAGUUUAAAUGUAUUUGGCUAAGGUGUAUGUAAACUUCUGACUUCAACUGUAUGGAAAUCAGUCAAUUAAAAUAAAUAAAUUAUUGCCCUAAUAUAUGGAUUUCACAUGACUGGGCAGGGGCGCAGCCAUGGGUGGGCCUGGGAGGGCAUAGGCCCACCCACAUGGGAGCCAGGGCAACUUACUGGGGAGCCAGGCCCAGCCAAUCAGAAUGAGUCUCUAACGAGACGGAGGAGGCUUAUGGUAGAGAAAUUAAUAUUAAAUUAUCUGGCAACAGCUCUCAUGGAUAUUCCUGAUGCCAGCAUGCCAAUUGCACGCUCCCUCAACUUGAGACAUCUGUAGCAUUGUGGUGUGUGACACAAUUGCACAUUUUAUUGGCCCCAGCACAAUAAUGUAUAAUGAUAAUGCUGUUUAAUCAGCAUCUUGAUAUGCCACACCUGUCAGGUGGAUGGAUUAUCUUGACAUAGGAUAACAUGCUCACUAACAGGGAUGUAAACAAAUGUGUGUACAAAAUAUGAGGGAAAUAAGCUUUUUGUGCAUAUGGAACAUUUCUGGGAUCUUUUAUUUCAGCUCAUGAAACAUGGGACCAACACGUUACAUGUUGCGUUUAUAUUUUUGUUCAGUGUACAUUAUGUAAAUGUAUGUACAGUGAGAUAAACACAUGUAAAGUUGGAUACUGUAUUUUGACAGGCAUGUCUAACUUGUACAUAAUUACUUUAGAGAAUCUGCUUUGAAUUUUUAUUUUGAGCUUUGAGUAAAGUCCUGAAUGGACUAGGAUAUGGGGGCUGUUGUGCCAAAGUGUGCAUGUUCUGUACUUUAUUGAACCACUGUUGCAAAGCGCCGUCUGAGUAGCUCAGUUGCCAAAGUAUCAGGAUAACUGUACUGUUACAUUCUUACUCAGGCCUUAUACUUUACUUUCAUGAUCAUGUUUCUAAUUUAUAUGAUGCCUGAUUCUGCACCUCUGUCCAUGUUGAUUUUUAUUAGAAUUACUAGUUUUGUUGCUUAAUAUGUUGUUUCAGCAGUCAUCCAUUACUGAGCAGUCAAGCUUUUUAGCUUUUAUCUGUGUCUUUACAAUGAUGUAACACACUUUUUUUCCCCACAGAGAAUCCGAAAGUACUUUACGAGUAACUUUUUUAUUGAAUUUCUUUCCAAAGCAUUAUCUAUUUUAGAUUUUUAUUUAUUUAUUGCAUGAUCAUGUUUUCCCAUAUGAACUUAACAAAACACAUUCUUGAAGUCUUGAACCGGUUGCCCCUUUACUCAGCAAUGCAGAGUAUAUUAUGUACUUUUUCUCUCAUUCCUGUUUAAACACUUGGCAGGGCUUACUGCAUGCUUUUACUUACAGUAUGUGAGCAUGUCUAGCUUAGGAACAACAUUGCUUGCUGUUUUUUAUGAUUUAUUGGACAAUUAUUGUUUUCAUUGGCUCCAGCUGCAUUUUGCUGUCAACCAAAAAAUGGAUUAUUACUUUGGAAUAUAUUAAUACAUGCUUGGGUGAUAAUUUUCAGUCGAGUCAAUUCGGGGAGUGAUUUGAACAUCUAAUUCAAGAUUAGAAUCCAUUUUCAAAUAAUGAUUUCUUUCUAUCAUUAUAUUGGAAUUUGAGAAUUGACAAUGACAGUACAAUGUUGUUACCAUUUUGACUGCUUAGACUUGCCUUUCUGUAUGGUUAUAUUUUGACGACUAUCUUAUUUAUUUCUGUUUUUCAUGGUUGUAUUCUCUACUGCUGUGUGACUCAGCUGGCUGAAACACUGUUUGGUCUCUAUCAAAUAUUUCAGCCUGUCAUUACCUGGUCAUUUGCACUUUGGUCAAAUGUCUGUUGAUUUUAAAACUGUAUUUGCAAUCAAAUAUUUUGUUUGUUUAGUCAAUUGAGUGUUUAGUUGGUGAAUUGUGUAAAUUAUUUUCAGUGAAAGAUUUGAUUUGUCUUUGUAUAAAUAACUUGAUUAAAUGUACAUUCCCAAAUAAAAUGAA